AUGCGUAUAUCAGAGCAAAACGUCCUUGAAUUUUUUGAUGUGUCAGGUUCGUCGUCGGAGUACACCGCCGUCUACUUUUUAAAGUCUGCGCAAACCAUGGACGAGGCUAUUUCAAAUUACUUUGACCGUGGCUGCCCAACAAUACAAGAGCCUGGAAACUAUCAAACGAUUUUCAAGUCAUCAAAACCCAAACCAGCACCAGCACAAGUAUACAAAGGCAAUGAGAAACAACUCCGAAAUGUCUUUACAAAAGUUGCUCUGGAUGGCGUGGUGAGUUCAAGUUGCGAGAACGUCGAGACGUUUUGUCAAGAGUUGAACAUUUCUCCAGACGGGUAUGAAACUUAUGUGUUAGGGUAUUUGGGUAAAUGUGCCCUUUACCAACACUUCGAAGAAGUACAUGUCGCAAACCUUGAGCCACAAUUAGUCGGCUACAAAGACGUGAAAGACUUCAUUCAGAAGAAGUUCGCUUCAUUUGAAGGAGACUCAUACUACAAAUUCCUCGCACACGUCUAUAAAUGGGUUUUGAUAUUACUCGCAGAAGUGAAUAAAACAGUAGCACCAGGACAACCACAAACAACAAUGACUGACGUUGUUGGAGAUAUUUAUAAGGACGUCCUUAAACCGGAAUACCAGACCCCACUAUUCGACCAAUUCAUCGACUACGAACUUCACAGACAUAAACAAACACUCAAGGAAAAAAAAAUCAUGAAGGACGCUUUCUCAUUCCUCCCAACGUUUUUGGAGACGUUCAAGACCCUCAAAAACAUCCUCGCAAUAAAGGACGUCGACGAAAGAGAGGACUUACUCGCACUCCCAACGAUCUACACGGACUUCAUCAUCGAUAUGAAAGAGAAGGAAAAGAAGAAAUAA